AUGUGAAACGGUGACGGGUGAAUUGAAAACAAACAUUGAGACUAUUCAUAUAAUUAACUAACAUAUAAAGAAUAAUUGAAUACAACUUAGUUAUUUUUAAUCAUGUCUAAAACAGCUAAUGUCGUGGACGGCGAAGCUUCGGAAUCCGAUUCAGAGGUGGAAGUAGGAUUGUCUCCAGACUUGACAACAAAAAUUAAAGGAUUUGUUAUAUCAGGAGAAGCACCAGAAUCAGAUGAUGAAUCACAGUUACAAUCAAAUGACAACAGUGAGCUAGACGCUCCACUGCACAUAUCUAUGUAUCCUCCAGCCUCCCCCACAAGAAUGAUGUACAAAUCUUUGUUGCAUCAAAAAUUGUGGGAAUGCAAUGUAUCCUUACAGGCCACAUUAGAGGGCUUGGUUAAACACACGACAGAGAUAUCAGUGGAUAAAUUGACCAAAGCUGAUAAAACUCUGCUUAAUGUACAGGAAAGUAUGAGAGCUACGAACGCAUCUUUGACUUUAGCAAGAGCAAGAUUGAAGCAAAUCAAUUCUGAGCUAGAAAAAGUCAACUGUCACACAGCUCUACCCAAUGUUAAGAUAAAAUAGUUUUAAAGAAUGCAUUCCAAAAGAAAUAUGUUUAUUAUUUUUGAAAGAUGUUGAAAUAAAUUUGUUACAUAUUGAA